AUGGAGUGGUUUGUAAAGUUGCUGAUUUAUUUUCAGAUUGCCUGUCUAGGCCUCAGCGAAGUUUAUGGCAUGCACAAUCCAAUGAUGCGAAUUCAUUGCGAUUUGGGUGAGCUCCUAACAUGCAAGUUUAAAUUUGUUCACUGUUGGCUCUACGAGUGCGUUUGUCUUCCGGAGCACAUUUAUCUAGGGCUUGGAAAUGGUUGCCUCUAUAUAGAAUUUGCUUAAUAAGCUAGUCUACCUAUACUAUCAUGAACAAUAGCAAGUGUUUUAAAUAAAUAAAAAAUAUAUUGGCUCACGUUCUAUUUUA